CUAAUGACAAGUAGUUAAUAUAGCAUAGGGUUCUGAUGUUAAAGAAAGUAAAUUCAUGCAUUGUCUCUUGCAAUACAUGCGCGUUUUAUUUAGUUGAAGUUUAAUUGUCUUUACGAUAUUGAAACAGUCCAUAUCCGUUUAGCAUCUAUCAUUUGUGUUGUGCUGUUAAAAUAUGAGAAGCAAUAUUUGGAAAAAGUGUGCGAUAUAAAUAUCUAUUUUUAAGUUAUAUUUGCAUAUAUUUUUAUCAUGGUUAAAGGUUACUUGAUUCUCAACACACGCUAAUAUUAUCUAUGUGUUAGAUGAAUAAAAUCUUUCAUAUUUACUGCUUAAAGUGAAAUGCGAGCGCCGCUCAUAAAAUAUUUUAUCAUCGUAUAAUAUAUCAUAUAAAAAAUUAUAUCCUAUUCUAUAUAUAUAUUGAGUUUUUCCUGAAAAAACCCGCAAAAAUUAAUUAAUAUUUUUAAGAAAAUAAAAAGAAGAGACCAUAUGCUAUAAAUGAUUAUUCUAGUUAUUUUAUAUAUGUAAAAGUGUUAUAUUUUUGUGCAAUAUCCCGAUAAGCUAUUUCUACUUAAAAAUAUGCAACUAUUUUCUCUAAAUUUUUCAAUGUAUACCGUCGGCGGUGUAUGGCGACCUAUCGAGUGGUCAUCGAACGUCGCUAAGUUGUUGUACAGCAUCUUUACCUCUACUGUACUAGGCUUGUUAUAUUUUAUGAUGAUAACUCAAUUCAUGGAUAUUCUUCUUGUUGUUAACAAUAUCGAUGAUUUUGCCACUAAUACUCUAAUGUUCCUGACUAUUGUUGCUGUUUCGUGUAAAGCGACUAUCGUUGUAAUACGUCGAAAUGCAAUUAUCAACUUGGUACAAACAUUGUUGAAGCCACCGUGUAAACCUCGAGACGCAGACGAAAUGGCAAUACAAAAAAAAUUUGAUAAGUUUAUCAGGUCAUGUUCAAUUAAGUAUUCGCUUUUGGCGACGUGUUCCGUUACGGGCGUCACAAUAAGAUCAGUGCUAAACGUCACACAGGGUUAUUUACCUUAUAGAGUAUGGGUGCCGUACGAUAUUGAUACAUCUCCGAUGUUCUUAAUUACAUCCAUUCAGCAAAUCAUGGCUGUGAUUUUCUGCACUAUCAUUAAUGUUGGCACGGAAACCCUAGUCUUUGGACUGUUUUUGCAAACGUGCGCUCAGUUUGAAAUUUUCGAGAAUCGUCUUGACAAAUUAAUAUCUAACAAAAUAGCUAAAUAUCUGAAACCUGUUUCAUCAAAUAAAGGAAGGGCAAUUAUUUCGGAAUACAUAAAUUAUCACCUCAGUAUUUACAAAUACGCAAAAACGGUAAACGUUAUAUUCAAUCAAGUACUUUUUGUCCAAUUCUUUGGCAGCAUACUGGUAUUAUGCACAAGUGUAUAUUAUCUGUCAGCACAUAUGACGGAAUCCGAAAGUGCUACUUUGAUAGUUUACACUAUCUGUAUGUUCGUACAAAUCUAUGUUUAUUGCUGGUCUGGAAACGAAGUCAUACUUAAGAGUGUUAGCGUCGGAGAUGCGAUAUAUAAAAUGGAUUGGGCCUUGUUAUCAGUAAGCGAAAGAAAGGAGCUGUUGAUGAUCAUGAUGCGUAGCACACUUCCUAUAAAGUUUACCAGUAGUUUCUUGAUAACUUUAUCUCUCCAAUCUUAUAGCGGUAUUUUGAAAAUAUCAUACUCGGCAUUUAAUGUAUUACAAAAAUGAGAUAUAAUUAAUCGAGAGUGUACAAACAUGAAAAUAUUAUUGUAGUUUUUGAUAAAUUAGCAGACUGUAAAUCUGUAAAAUUUCUAUCUGCAUAAUUAUCUCAACCCAAAUCCCUAUUUGAAUUAUAAAAAUAUUAGUGUCGUUAUUAUUUAUAAUUACUAUAUUCGUUUGUUUUUUUUCACUAAUAGAUUGCCAAUAUUAAUUAUCAUAAAUAAAGCUAUCUAUCAAACAAUCAUAAAAUCUAUUUGGUGAUAUUA